AGCGCGUACAGGCGGUCUCUCUUUCAUACAGUCACAAACCCAACACACAGGUAGCCGAGCAGUUUGGCUCUUUGGCCACUUAUUCCUCCCCCAAACCGGCGACAAUCUCACCCAAAAUUUCACCAGGCUUGUAAAUUCAACCCUCAACAACAACCACAAUGAAUAAAAUCUACUGCGGAAACCUGAGUGAGGACGUAACUGAGGAUGCCCUGCGCGAUCUCUUCGAGGAAAAUGGCAUUCCCGUCUCCAGCAUGGUGGUGAAGCGCAGCGCCAACCCGAACAGCAACGCCAGCCCCUUCGCUUUUGUGGAUGUUGAGAACGAAGAAAUGGCCCAACUUGCCAUCGAUAAGCUCAACGACUAUAACUUACUUGGAUCAGUUAUGGUGGUGGAGCAGUCUGUCCCCAAACGCGGCAGAGGCAACAGGAGCCGUUCCACCAACAUUCAGGUGCACAAUAUCCCCCUGAGCACUCCAGUGCAGGAAGUCCAGGACCUGCUGAAGACAUUUGGCGAUGUCUCCUCCUGCGAAAAAGGCAAGGAGGGUGCCAACGGUUACAGUGUGAAUGCUACCUAUGCAGCUGUGGAGCAGGCCCAGCAGGCCAUAAAGCAGCUCAACAACUAUGAAUUCAAUAACUCGCAGCUCAAGGUGAACUAUAAGAAUUCUGGGUCUCGCCAGAGCAAUCGGUACAAUCGCAAUCCCAACCGCAACCAGGGCAAUGCCGUGUUCCCUGUCAGAAUGCUGGUUCCCAGUGAAAUGGUCGGCGCCAUCAUCGGAAAGGGAGGCAAGACCAUCAAACAGACCACUGCAGAAACCAGGGCCAGGAUUGACAUCCAUCGCCAUGAGAACCCAGGAUCAGGAGAGAAGGUAAAAGCUGUGACCUUUUUUGGCAACCCCGAAGACUGCACUUCUGCUUGCAAGAAGGUCCGGGAUAUCAUGAGCCAGGAGUGCUGCCACAAAGGGUCUAUGCCCCCUCUGAAGCUGCUGGCCCACGAUGCUCUGGUGGGCCGCCUGAUCGGCAAAGGUGGAAGCUCCCUCAAGCACAUCAUGCAAGAGUCUGGAUCCACCAUCACCAUUUCCCCCUUACACGAGCUGACCAUCUGCAAUCCGGAGCGCACCAUCACCAUCAAGGGCACCCUAGAGCAGGAGGUCAAGGCCGAGUCGCUCAUCACGGCAAAGCUGCGCACAGCCUACGAGCAGCACAUGCAGAGCAUGCAAAACCAGCAGCAGAUGUUCCCUGGCAUCAACCACAUGGCCAUGUUCUCCGGCGCCGGCGAGCACAACCCCGGCGGCUACCAGAACCAGGGCAUGGGGGGACCUUUGCCUGGGUUGUACUAUCCCAAUCCUCGUGGUUACCGGGAUGUUCGCUCUCAAGACUACCCUAGGGAUGCAAGUGAGACUACCUACCUUUAUGUGCCCAACGAGUCUGUGGGCGCCAUCAUUGGUGUCAAGGGUGACAUCAUCAAGUCAAUGUGCCAGACAGCCAACGCCUCCAUCCGAAUUGCUCCGGCAGAGGACCAGAUUGCCUCGCGGGAGAACGAGGGGUCAACCGAGCGCAAGGUGACCAUCAUCGGCUCGCCCGAGUCCCAGUGGAAGGCCCAGCUGCGCCUCUUUGAGAAGGUCUGCGGCCAGGGCCACUUUGAGACCAAGGAAGACCACCUGCGCUGCGAGAUUGGCGUGCCGUCCAAGCUGGUGGGCCGUAUCAUUGGCAAGAAGGGCACCAAGGUGCGUGAAAUGCAACGCACGACAUUUGCCCGCAUCGAGGUCCCCCGUGCAAACAAGGAGGACGAAGAGGGCGACCAGGCCGCCGAUGAUGACACCGAGGUCAUGGUCAAGAUGUACGGAAACUUCUUUUCCCUGCAGGCCGCCCAGCGUCGCCUCCGCAAGAUGAUCUUUGAUUUCAUGAACCGUGGCAACCAGAACCAGAAUCAGUAUUCCUACAACGCUGGCUACUACUCCGGCUACCAGCGUCGCGGCCGCAUGAAUGGCCCAGUGCCCGGCAUCCCGCAGUAAGAGGACCCUGUCCCCCACCCCCAACCGUGUUCCCCCCCCCCAUCCCAUCUCCUCUCUGGAACAUGAUCUUCGGCGGGUUUACUCUUGGAUUUAACCUCACUCGCCAUCUUGAAAAGAAUGCUUACACUGUGAGUUGGAUGGUUUGCUCUUUUCCUUUUUUCGCCAUGUGUUCGAGCAUUCUUUUCAAGAUAAUUUCAAAGCCCAGAAAAGCUGGGAUUUAAAAGAGAAAAUUUUUAGGGGGGCGUUCCAAAACGCUAAACAAAGGUUGCUGAUAAUGGACUUCUUUCAUAAGUAUUGGGGUUGUGGUUGACCACAACGGGAGUUGAUUCAUAUUGGAGAAGACCCAGGAUGGGGUAGCUCCAAGGUGCAAGAUGAAUUGAGAAACGAUUGAAUACCACCGACAAUUUAAGGCCAAAUUGUCAGGCGCGGCUCUUUGACAUUUGGAAACGUCCAAAGAAGAAAGGGCCAAAUUUAACCCCCAGAAAGGUGCAGAUCGCAACACUUGGGGUGUCGGCAAAGGGCGAUUCGCACUCUUUUGGGGGGGGUUUCUUAUUGAUGGGACCGUUGAGUUGGUUCUUCUGCUUGUUUUUAUUCCCCUCCGAAAUUCCUGACUUUUCACGCCUGCCCUGAGAAGGCCGCAAAAUGGGACCUCGUUGGGUAGCCACCCUUUAGAACCGUAAACUGAAUGAAAUAUCUGGCACCCAGCUCGACCAUCCAGUUGGCAAAAGUUACGACGAUCAGAUCUUGCAAGUUGUGCGACCAGGUCGCGGUUGUUAGGCGUGAAUGAUCAAGGAAUCAACUUGCACAGUGAUAGUGCCAGUUUUUAAUUUUUCUUUUUUUUUUAUAUGAGAGGGAAUGAUGGAUAAUUUUGGCUGAAGUUAUGAUGAAAAGUUGAAUGGCUAUUAAAAUAAUAAGAGGCAUUGAAAAAAUGGCAUUCCGGAACAAUUUAUGGGAGAAUAUUAAUGGAAAAAAAUGAAAAAAAAAACAGUAAAAUGAAAAAUGUGAAAAAAAUAGUAAAAUGUUAAAAUAAAAAAAGACAAAUAUAUAUUAUAAAGAGAAAUUUAGUUUAAAACAAUAUGGGCCAUUAUUUUCUGGAGAGAAUUGUAUAUUAUGGCCAUAUUUGUUACUUUAUUUUUUACUUUUUGAUAAAAAAAAACAUAAAAAAAAUUACAAAAAAAUGGAGAUUUCAUCCAGUGCUACCUCUUGUCCAAAGUCUGUAAUCGAUACGUUUUUCCAAUGUCGGGGAAAAAUUUCAAAGAUGAGACACAUACUUGGCGUAGGAAAAAAAAAUGCAAAAAGAUGUUGGAUUGAUCCGACUUUCUUUGCAACACUACCGCUAUCGCAUUGGAGUAAUCUACAUUUUUAACGUCAUGUUAAAAAAAGAAACCUCAGACCUGAUUAAGAAAUCCAACCAAGAGAAACAAAACAGAAAUGAAAAAUCCUCACCAAGAUUUUGGAUCAUUGAAAUGGGUCAACAAAUGGUUUACUUGGCAAUAUAGUAUAAAUGCUGUGAUGGACAGACCCCAAAUCGAGCAAGUUUUUGUUUGCUCACUGUAAGAGGCAGCUUUUGAUGUGGGGUGUCAUAAACAGGGUCCAUCACUUCUUGAGAACUACUCUGAUUGUGGGAGUUCCAGUUGCCUACUUGCUUGUUGAGUAACAUGAAAGAUGAGUUUCAGUGGUGGAACUGAAGCAUCGUUUUAGAAUGAUACUGGGUAGGAGUAGCAAGUUACCAUGGCGAUCAACAGUAACGUGUUAAAUAAUGGUCCCUCUGCCCUUCCUCCUUGCAACAACAUAUCGUAUACUCGUAGAUUGUAAGUAUAUUAACGGUUUUAUCACCCAACUCGUAUUUAAGAGUAUUAUUUGUGUUACUUAAGUGCAGAACGUUUAACUCCCGUUUCCUUCGGAAUGGUGGACUACAUCGAGACAAAACAAAACAACAUUCAAAUGACACAAAGUAGUCCCUUUUUUCCAGUGCCGUAUCGUGUUAACAAACCAGGCCGUAAAAAAAAGCCAGCCUCUUUUUUUCUCUUUUGCACCGUACCCCCCGAGCAACCAAGUCGAAGAGAUUCUGGUACAAUUCUCAACCGGAAACGUUGGCUCCUCUCAUCGGUUGUUCGUUAGGGAUGGAUGACAGUUUCAAUCUUGCCAACCGACUCCAUUUUGGGAAGAGAUCUCUUCUGAAUGAUUGACCCUGGGGGUACAACCAAAGCAAAAAACUCUCCCUAAGCAGGUCUGUGCGCUGUCCUCUUGGAGGAGGACUGGACCACCCCGGUCGUUUGACAACUUAGCCAGCUGAUUUGCUUGAGUUGAGAGAAGGAGAGAGAGCAGUACAAACUUUUCAUAGAUAACGAUUUCAGAGUGAAACCACACUGGUUUCUUGUGACGGUGGUGAAUUGCUUUUUUGAAACACCCACCAUUACAUUUUGGUGGGAAAAGAAGGAUCCAGGCUGUGGGGUGAUUCUUUUUUUUUUUCUUGGAGACUUUGUUUGGAAAGAAGCUUCUUGGAACAAGAUUUAAAGAGGCAACAAAAAAACAAGCAGAUCGGACUUGAAGACAACACAGUUACUGUCAUCUUUUUUUUUUUUUUUAUUUUUUUUUUUUUACUUUUUUUGUGUAAAAGGAAGCUGCACUCUUCAGAGUGAGCUGAUCUCAUCACCAUAGUGAUGAAACUUUUUGCAAUCGAAAGAUUGCAGAGAAAAAAACAAUCUUUUGACGGCUUGGGCCAGAAUGCAUGGCGAUUUUCACUCCUUUCCCAUGGGAACCUGAACCGUAAUCCAGGCACACGCAGUCUUUUAAUUUUUUCUCAAAAGACUUUGGGAAAGAUGGUAGUCUGGUUUCCAAGCCCAACCUUGACAUUACAAAAAAGUCAAGUACCUGCCUCUAAAUGGAAGUUUAAGCAUGGGUCAAAAAUAACGAACAGUUCUGUGCUCUGAGGAAAAGUGGCCGGUCAGUAUUGGGAGAACAAAUUUAAACCAAACGUGUAGAAGUUUGUGGCUCAUUGGGACAGCUUACUGUUUUUGGUGACUCUUCGAUUCAGCAUGGCAAGGACCUCUGACUCGCUGUGAUGGCAAUUUGUAAUGGUUACAUGCCAUGUUAUUAAACCUUUUUUUCAGAGAAAGUCGGAAACGAAUGCUAAAAUAACAUGCACUUGGCGCUUCAGACGGGACUGAAGCCACCCGAACAUUUCUUUUAGCAUCUGUUUCAAUUGCUAGAUGUGUACUCGUUUUCCUUCAAUGUUUGGGUUUUUAAAAAAAGUAUUUUGACGCAAACGGGCUUUAAUUUGUUAAAAGAAGUUAGUUGUUGCUUUAAUAUAGUCAUACCACAAAAAGAAUGUAAUCUUAAAGUAGGUGUUGAGGGAUGCGUUUACCCCCAAGUCGCACACUUGGGAGAGACAUACCCUAAAUGUAGUUGUAAUUUUACACUGGAGUCAAACGUUGAACGUUUUGUGUUGAUGGUAAGAUCCAGAGAAGAAAAAAAAACAAAAAACAACAAAAAAAUCAAGGCCUCAUCGAGCCUUAACGUUGUGUUUCAAACUAGUUGGAAGAGUUAAAUCAGAUUAUUAAUAACGUUGCACUUGUUUACCAACUGUGACAGUCUCUAUUUGUUCACAUCACUUGUUACUAACAAAUUACAAUUUGAUAGAUUUAGUGUCAAUGUAUACGCCACAGAGAAGAGUUGUUAGAAUUUUUUAAGUAGCCUUUGGACUGGCCUAAACGGCAAACUGCAGCGAGGCAAAUUCCGCCAGCUUUCAUGAACUAGCUCUCAGGAAGCUGCCCUUGCCGAGGCAUCUCUUUGCUUUAUAAAACAGUAUUUACAAAUUAUAAAAGAAAACGGUUCCUGUUACAAAGUUUAACUUAGCUAGCAAUGAAAUUCAUUGGUUGUUAAAUUAAUGCUGAUUUCGAGACUUUCUGAAGUUUACAAAAAGUGUAUACUUUGCAUCGUACAUCUUUGUGAUUUAACUGCAUUUUUUUCCUUUUCAUUAUUGGUUUCUGUUAAAUAAGCUUUUUUAGGACUUUAUCUGAUAAUAGCAUGGCAUGGAACCAUAUUGAACUUGACGUGUAUUUACAAGUUAACAUUGGUUCAAUCUAGCAAUGUGUCUGACAAAAUUGGAGUGUUUGUUAUGAAGAAAUUGGGAGUUGACAGGGCCCGAAGAAAUGUUUACCUUACGAUAUUUGUGAACUAUCGCAGCUGAAAGCUGGGCUCUGUAAGCUUGUAUCUGCAAGUGGUGUUUGAACGAUCAGAUGUUGAAUUUGGCGAGCUUUAGUACAGCUUAAUGCUAAGUUAAGCAACAGUGCUCAUAAUCCACUAAAGGUUUUUUUUUGGGGGGGGGGUAUUUAAACUUCCUCCCUUUUCUUUGGUGUGAAAAAAUUUCAAUGCCAAAAUGCUAAUACCGAUCAGGGAGAAUUGGACGGGAAUUCAGACUUUUGUGCUGAAAAAAAAUCUGAACGGACACAGGAAUUUUAUUGUCAAAACGGGUUUGGACAGUUUUCUUGCCACUGUUGUCCGGGUGAUUUUUUUUUACGGAAGGUUCGACCGUGUGGUAGAUUUCCUCGUGGCCACAUUUGUAUUACGGGUGCGUGGUUACGUUUGGAAUUCUCGGAACAGCUUAGCAAAGUUGAUAAGCAGAAAGGAGUUGAGGCAAUUAAACACGUGCACAUUGAUGGUAAAAAACGCAGCCUUGGUCCAAUGUGCCUGCCUCAAUCUGCUGAAGAUGGCAAACUGGUUAUGCGAAGGGGCUAGAUUUCUGAAUCUUCACCCUUCGAUCAUAUCAUUUCUCCCACUGUUUUCAUAAAAUUCUGUGUUGCACUUAGCUUUCAAAAGGAUUGUUCUUUCAAAUGCUCAGUGGUGUUUAGGGCGGCCACUCAUGAAUUCUUUAUUCACGUCCAUAAACUGUUGAAAUUGACUUGUGUCCACCUCACUUGCUAGAUUGAGCUCAUUGAACUGACGGGAAGAAAUUGGACGGGCAGCUUGUAAAGAAAAACACCUGCCACUACUCUGGCGAAAUAAGCUCGUAGAGUGUGUCAAACAAGUCUGCCGUCAAUUUUUGCCCAACACUAUACGGGGAAAGGUAUAACCAUUACCCAGUCCCUUGUAUUAAUUAACUGCCCGUUUGCAAUCUCUCAUUUACACGUUUUAUGUUUACUCUUACUGGAUUAAAAUCAUUAUUCAUGUUCAGUUA